AUGGAUGAUCUAAGUAUCGGUCAGAGGAUACGCAUUGGCGAGGACUACGGCACUGUUUUAUUCAUCGGAGAUGUUGCUGGAACAACUGGGACCUGGCUUGGAGUAGAGUGGGAUGAAGGAUCCAAGAGAGGGAAGCACAGCGGAGACCGAAAUGGCGUUCAAUACUUCACAUGUUGCAUACCUAAUUCUGGUUCAUUUGUGAGGCCAAAUACUCCUGGGUUAACCGUCGGUAUCAGCUUUGAUUCUGCGCUAACAUCAAAGUACAUUGAUACAUUUCAAUCCGAUGGUGUGGAGUCCGUCGUGCUUGGAUCAAGCAACGGUGCAAUUCUUGUUGAAGGACCACGUCUGAACAAGGUUCGAGCCAAAUUCUCUCAGAUUGAACGCCUUCGAAGUAUCAGCCUCAACAAAUACGAUGUCUCAAAUGUAGGAGACCCCCAGGCUGUUACAAGGCUAUGUCAAUCCGUUCAAAGCCUUGAUCUCUCGAGGACUCUGUUGGGAAAUUGGGACGCUGUUGCGGACAUCAUUCGAUGCAUACCAAAUCUCUCAACCCUAGAGUUGAACAACAACCGAAUUCGGUAUACUACUGCUUUAAACACCGCCAAUUUCCCCAAGCUCACCCAUCUACGUCUGAAUUCAACAAUGAUUACUUGGGCACAGGCUUGUGAGGUCCUCGUAUAUCUCCCUGAACUUGAAGACCUUCAACUUGGAUACAACCAAUUAGAAAACCUUGAGCCAUCAUCAAGAAUCAAUACUUCGGAAGGUCUUCCAUGUUUAAACACGUUGAAUCUGGAUUUCAACCGCUUGAGCGACUGGGUUUCAAUCAUGGCGGCAUGUAGUAUGGUACCCCAAUUGCACAACCUCAUGAUACCCUCCAACAUCAUUGCUACUAUUCCUCGUCGCACUGUCACAUCGGUAGCUGGAGGGCCUACACUUGCGAUCUAUUAUCUUACUAUCUCUGAUAAUCCGAUCUCUAGGUGGAGGGAUGUGGAUGCUCUAGUAACUUGGUUGCCUGAACUACGUGAGCUGGGUAUCUCCUUGGAACCACUAGCCUCUGGUGUUCCUCCGGGAGCUACUCGCAAUUUUGUUGUUGCAAGGCUACCGGCCUUGGUAAAGCUGAACGGAACAGAGAUUACCGAAAGAGAGCGGACUGAUGCAGAACUCUUCUACCUAUCUUGGAUAGGGAGGAAUGAGCAAUCGUCUGAGGCGGACACAGAAGCCUUACACCCUCGUUGGAAAGAAUUGGCAACCAAGUACAACGCAUCGACUGAGAAACCGAAACCAAUUGUUGAUAAUUUGGGAAGUCAUAUGAUUAGUAUCAAAGUAGUUAAGAUCCAAGGCAAUAUCACAAAACAGCAGCCCGUCUCCAUCUCGGAUACGAGCACGAUUUUAAGAGUGUUACCAACGAUGAGCAUCAAAGCAUUUGGGAUGAAAUUGAAAAAGGCGAUGAAGCUCUCAUCGUCAGUUGACCCUAAAGCACUAUGGAUUCUUUCUAGUUCAGAGUCCGGCGCGACAAUUCCUCUGCGUCCCUUUGAUACUGAUCCGCUACAUGAUCUGACUGAGUUUACUCCGGAUGCGAUAGGCGAUUUUCAACCAGUCCUCCAGCUACUUUCGAUCAAGAAGGUUAGCUCGGGUGGCAGCAGUGACCGCUACAGACUAAUUAUCACACUCGGAAUAGAGAAGGUGGAUGAUUAUUCUGAGAAAAUCGGCAACCCUGUCAACUUCGACAAGGCCGAGAACCAAGCUGGCGCCGGACCUUCGGCAAUGGAUGUAGAUCCGGCACCGGCUGCACCUGCACCUGCACCUCCCAAGGCCGUGCCGUCGGGGCCUACCUCUGGUCCUGCCACGAACACGCUACCCGCCGGCUUUGCUCCCCUUCAUCCCAUCGAAGCCUUGAGCCCAUAUUCAAACAAAUGGACAAUUCGAGCACGCGUCACCCAGAAAUCAGAUAUCCGUACUUGGUCCAAUCAGCGCGGAGAAGGGAAACUUUUCAGUGUCAAUUUGAUGGAUGAGACUGGGGAGAUUCGUGCAACAGGAUUCAACGAGGUUGUGGAUAACUUGUACUCGAAACUCGAGGAAGGAAAGGUCUAUUGGUUCUCCAAAGCACGCGUUCAGUUGGCCAAAAAACAGUUCUCCAAUCUUUCAAACGACUACGAGAUUGCUCUUGAAAGGCAAACCGAAGCUAUCCCCUGUGAGGACGAAAGUGCUGUUCCUAAAGUUCAAUUUAACUUUACGGAGCUUUCACAAUUGGAUGGCGUCGAAAAAGAUGCUAUGGUUGAUGUCCUUGGCGUUGUGACUGAGGUCAAGCCUAUCGAAACUAUCAACGUUAAGUCAACAGGAAAAACAGUAUCGAAACGCGAUGUCACUGUUGUAGACAAGUCAGGCAGUAGCGUGCGAAUGACUAUCUGGGGGAAGCAAGCGGAGACGUUCCAGGCAGAGAAUAACCCAGUCAUUGCAUUCAAGGGAGUUAAAGUAGGCGAUUUUGGCGGCCGCACACUCUCACUGGUCAGUUCUAGCACCAUGACCUUCCACCCCGACUUUCCCGAAGCGCACGCCUUACAAGGGUGGUAUUCGUCCGAGGGGCAUUCUCAAACUUUUAAGUCGCAAUCCACAGGUGGUAUGGGAGCUGGCGGCGGGGGUGUUGGAACAAUCAACCGGCGCGAGAUGAAGACUCUCCAAGCGGUCAAAGAAGAGAAUCUUGGAAUGGGUGAAGAAGGCAAAACUGACUUCUUCACUACUCGCGCAACCAUCAUCCAUAUCAAAAGCGACAAUAUCAUGUAUCCGGCGUGUGGCUCGGAUAAUUGCAGUAAGAAAGUCACUGAGGUUCAUGAUGGAUGGCGCUGCGAAAAAUGCGAGAAGACAUUCCCCAAGCCUAAUUACCGAUACAUCAUGAGCCUUUCGGUUGCAGACUACACCCAGACUGCGUGGCUACAGGUCUUCAACGACCCCGGAGAACUUAUCUUGGGCAUGACCGCGUCCGAACUUCAUGAGCUCAAAGAAGAGAACGAAGCUUCGUAUACUACAGCGAUCGAGAAAGCAACCAGUCAAACCUGGAUGUUCCAAUGCAGGGCUCAACAGAGUACAUACCAAGACCAAUCGCGAGUCCGGUACGGUGUCAACCGUGCUCACAAGAUCGACUAUGCCCAAGAAAGCCGUGCAUUGCUAGAAGCCAUUAAAGGCUAUGACUAA